GUCAGAUGCAGGUGGAAGAAGAAAGUAUGGUCAGAGACGAGUAUCCGAUUCCGGACGAGGUAAAAAAGGAAGGGAACGUGGAAGAAACGGCGCCGACCGAGGAAACUAACCACGACGACGACGACGUCGACGAGGAGAUGAACUAUGCCGUGGACGAGGAACACUCCGAUGACAUUUCCGAGUAUCUCGAGGAUGAUGUCUAUCCCGAGGCGGAUGUAUAUGUUGGUAUGAAGGCGUUGGAGGACGAGUUGGAUCAUCUGCAGACCGCUCUGGAUCAUUUGGAAAGGAAGAACGACGAUAUACACGCACAGCUGACCGAAUUGCUGCAAUCUAAUCGUGAAGCUAGGAAACAGUUUCAGGAAUCGCUGCAAGUUGAAGGGCAACAAUCAAAGUGAUGAUUACUUUGUACUUAGAAAACCGUAUAAUUUGUUGUUGUCCAAGUAUUAUUUCCGCCGAUCUUGUGAACAAGUUGUUUCAUCCGUAAGAAUGAAGGACAUUUAUAUUUCGGAUCGAUUCGGAACUUAUAUUUUGUCAAUGAUUGAUAGCAUUCCUGGUAAUAAGAAAAAUAAAAUAGAGUUAAUUUAUCAUAUAAUUAUGUAUAUACAUAUGUAUGUAUACCUGUUUGCAAAUAUUAAUGCAUUUUUAUUUAUACUACAUAUAUCGAUGUUAAUUAAACUGUAAUUUUCAAACGUUCUUGUGUUACACAUGAAAUACAUUAUUUUUUUACUAAAUUCUAAUAAAUAUUUUAUUCGAAGAGAAUAGCGAUACACAAUAUUUUUCUAAUGUUUCUAUAUAUGUAUUGCAAUAUGUAUAGAUGUUGAGUUAGUAGGAAUAAAGUAAAAAAUAUAUCUUUAAAAAUAAAUAUGAAAUGCAUUGAGAGAAAAAUAUGUUUCUAACCACGAGUAAAAUGAUUAGAAGAUAUAACGAAGACCUAUAAUGCGAUCGUCUUCGUAUAUAACUUAAGAAUUAUUCUGCGAUAGUUUACAUAAUACGCUAAACGGGAAAGAAAUAUCCAAACAAACGAUAAAUGCAUAUGAACAGUUUUGUAAACUUUAUUUUGCAUAUAAACAAACAGAUUUAAUAUAACUGUCGAUGGUAGUAAAAGUAUUUUUAAUCUGCUAAUUUCAGCUAUAGUUAUCCUGUACUUAAUAGUAAAGAACUGCUAUUAAUGUGUUAGGUGUACAAAUCAGUAAACUAAUAUAAACAACGUGUUUCAUAGAUCUACAUGCAGGAAUUCUGUGUUACAUUAAAUAUUUAAGUAGUUUUGAUGUGUGUAGUUAUAUCUCGAUAGUCUAGCUGUCUGGCCCCUAGUUAUUUUUAAACAGUACCAUUGUUCUUUAUUACAAUAUGUACACAUUAAGUGCAAUCGAUAGUGAUUUAUCAUCAUCAAGCGCAACACCAAGUAGUUUUCAAAGUUUUCAAUUUCUUCACUUACAUUUUUCAUUAAUUUUUGAACAUACAAUCUGUGAUUGAACAGUGCUGUAUCACAACUAUAUAACAUAUACAUUCAGUCAAAUAGAAAUAUUCGGCACGGCAAACGACCUCUGAACAGUCUGAACAAUUAUUUUAAUAUAUUAAAUAAAUGAAUUGACACAUAUUGAGGAUUCAUCAUAUUAGAUUUGUUUGAAAUGAAUUUAUAUCCUUUCAAAACGUUAUCUUAAAUGUCAGACUAAGGUUUAAGCCUUUAUUGAGAAAAUUGUUCUCUUGAUUGUACAAUUAUGUGGAAUUAUAUAACAGAUUUUAUGAUUUCAAAAUAAUAUGGCUGAAUUUUACUUUUAUAAAUAGAAAAUUUAAAAAAGCGACUCAUCUCUAAAUCAAAAUGAAACAUAAUGAAGGUAUUGUAACAUAUAGUUAAAUUUUUAAUGUAUACUUAUAUAGUUUUAAUCGUCUGUUGCAAAUGCACUGAAUAAAUGUAAAUGAUAGUAAAACAGUAAUUGCAUACAUAUAAUCAAUAUAUAUAUAUCAAACAACAUACAUAUAAAACAACCAGUUUAUCAUACAGCGUUUGAGGGGCCAAGUAACUUAGUAUAUUCUUAUUGGACAUUUAACACACUGUUGUACAGAAAAACAUUUAAAACAUUAUUAACUUAUUAGUAAAAAGGUUCAAGAAUAAGA